CAGAGCGAGUCCGGACUCCGGAGCCGCCGCCGCCAUUACAGAUCAGGGUGGAGGCUUCUGGCCUCAGGUUCAAGGCUGAGGAGAACAUGGCGGAGCUCACAACCUUCCUCUCACUACUGAUUAUAGUGCUGACUGCAGAUGGUCUGAUCGUCACGAUGAAGGCGCCGCUUAUCUCGGCCAUGAGAGAUGAGAAUGUGACAAUCCCCUGUGAGUUUUCAGACUUUAUUCCUGGGAGAACUAUGAAUGUACAGUGGAUCAAAUCACAGAAUGGAAAUAAGACUGAAGUGUUCCGGUAUAUACCCGGACGACCGCAGGCCUUCAGACCUGGAUCCUAUAUGGGGGAGGAGAGCGAAAUCCAGAGAGGAAAUGCCGCACUUCACAUCCCGCGGGUGCAGUUCAGUGACGAUGGAGAAUACAUCUGUGGUGUUGUAGUGACUCCGGACUACAAGGAAGGGAGAAGCACUCUGGAGGUGUCGGCUGUGCCCUCGGCUGCCCUGAUACCCGGAGAUGCCAUCACAGUGGAGUUGGGAAACGAGAAAGUGGUGUCCUGUGACAUAAGCAACUUUUACCCUGAAGAUAUCACCAUUCGCUGGGUGCAAAACGAGAAAGACUCUACAAAAUGCGUUGUACUGAACAAAGGAACCUGCACCGGGGACUCCGUUAUUAAUACCGACGGGACGUUCAGUACUAGCAGUCAGCUGACCUUAUAUCCUACAAUGGAGGACGACGGCUACAAAUAUUCAUGUGUGGUGAAGCAUCGAUCUCUGCAGCAGGACCUGAUGAAGAACUUCACCCUGAGAGUAACAGAGCGAGAAGAUAACUCCAGAGAAGUAGCGGCUGCCGUGAUCUGUACGAUACUUGGGAUGGCGGUUUUAUUAUCUGCUGUUUUGCUUUACUACCAAGUCCUCAAGAAAGAACCCCCCAGCGUUUCUGAGAUCACUGGCGGCGAUCCACUGAUUGACAUGAGCAGGACGACUCUGACCUGUCACAUUACAAACUUCAAGCCUAAUGAUCUGAAGAUCUCUUUAUGUCUGAAGAGACGUGGAGGGGAGAUGAAGGAGGUCCACACCUGGAGGUCCAGAGACUUGAUGAUGGAUGAUGUGGAGCAGCAGAGGCUGAUGAAUGGGGAUGUCAACCCCACACAGAGGCCCCUAGAGCUGGAGAUGACGGCAGAUAUAAAACCCGAUAGAUCCCGUCUUCUCCGCUGUAUUUCAUGGCGUAGACUUUCCACUUACAGCUGUCAGUGUUCUAUUCACAUCACCCCCAGCUUCUCUGAAGAUAACGGAGCAGAAUUCUCUGUACGUGUAUCACACCCGGCACUGACAGAACCAAGCUCUCAGCAGAGAACAUUGCGGGUCACUGGAGUUGCUCCGAGGCUAUUAAAGAUCUUCAGUCCACCAUAUAUGACGCAUGGGGAGCCGAUGACGCUGGCUUGUCCCAUAAAUGGAUUUAAAUCAAAGACUUUAGAGAUAACAUGGCUGAAGAAGGACAAGGAGGACCAGGAGACCGAAAUCGUAAGAUGGCCAUCUGAUGAUAGGACCGACGUGAAAAAUGAUGUCCAUAAUGUAAUAGAGAGUGAGCAUGACGACAAGUCCUACAGCAUUUUAAGUACCUUAAAGGUAAAACCAACUGUGAACUGCGACGAUGGAGUGAAAUACAUCUGUAGAACCUUCCACCCCGUGACAAAUCAAUCGGCAGAACAAGCACUGGUCAUGGCGGUCACAGCUGUUCCUGUGCUGGAUCCCAUACAGCAGGCAAAGGACAAGCUCCACGUGAGAGAGGAGAUGAAUCUGACCUGUAAGAUCCAUUCAUUUUACCCGGCACCUAUAGAGGUCACAUGGUGCACAGAAGAUGGAGUGGUGCUGACCUCUACCCUCUCCGACCCCCUCCCUGACCUGGCUGGUCUGUACCAGGUCACCAGCUCCAUGAUUUACUGCCCAACAAUGAAGGACCUGAAAAAGACAUUCACGUGUGGAGUUAGACAUGGAAGUACUGAAGCCACGAGAAAAACUACGUGGAAACUGGAAGAUCUGAUUUCGAAGCCCACGGUGUCUGAUAUUUCUUGUAUUCCCCCGUCUCCUGAGCCUGGUACAUCGGUGACCUUAUCCUGCGAUGUCAGUGACUUGUACUCUACGGACUUUACAGUUCUGUGGUUCAGAAACAAUCAAAAGAUAUCAGAAAAGACUUUUCAGCCGGAUCCAGAGUCUGGGGCGUAUCGGGGAACCGUAGAGGUCAACUAUCCAGUAACUGAUGAUUUUUACGAGCAGGAGAUCCGUAUGGAGCUGAAUGACUCCAAACAGAUUAUCGAAAGAAAGUUUAGAUUGACCCUGGCAGGAUCCCCAGUCCUUAGUGACAUCACCAGCGAGCCCAGUGACCCCAGAUACGGCCAGUCUGUGACUCUGCGCUGCAAGGUGACCAACGCAAACCCGAAAGAUGUAGAGGUGAAGUGGUUAAAGAGCGAUAAACCCCUGGAGAGCGGACAAGGAGUAGCGAAGCAAAUCCCUGAGGAGGACGGGUCCGUAUCCUGCUCCCUGCAGAUCACGGCUACAGCCCUGGACUGCGCCAAAGCGUACACCUGCUCUGUGAAGCCCAAGAACAUGACAGCGACGCUCAGGAAGACCCAUUAUAUAAAGCUCCCGGAUAAAGCACCAAAGUUUUCAGACAUAAAUGUGCAGCCGGAGAGACCUGUCGCAGGGAAGGAAGCCACAUUCACAGUGACCAUAUUUGGAUUCACACCAGACAUUCGGGUGAAAUGGUAUAAAGGGUUCGACCCGUUUCCCAGCGACUUUGUCACCACAUCAGAUCCACAGAUUGGAAAGGACUCUCUAUGCACUUGUUCCAGCAGCCUGAGGUUCACUCCCCAGGACAAAGACCAUGGGGCGGUCAUCCGCUGUGAGGUGGCACAUUCUGUCACUAAGAAAUUAUAUGAGCAGAUGUGCACCCUGCGCCUCUCAGGAAGGACCUCCGGUGGAAAUCUGCCUCUCUCCACACCACACUCAGGUUGUCAAGACCUCCUUCUGCUCCCUCGUCGCCCUCUCCCCACAGGACAUCUAAAGCCUCCACUGAAAACCAAUGGCAUUCAGUGCCUGACGGAGAAUCCCCGGGUGGGAGGUAAAGUCACACUCACAUGUUAUGUUGAUGGAUGUGACGCAGAUCAUUCGGAGUUCUCCUGGAGGAAAGGAUUGUUUCCUAUCGACAGUGGCAUAGAGAACCGGACUCUAGAGGACGGAUCUGGCAGCUUUUCCACAGUCACCUUUACAGCCCAAGAGACAGACCGAGACUGCACAAUGAUAUGUGAGGUGAAUUAUAAUUUCCAGAUACAAGAGGAACAUUUCACACUGAAGCUUCAAUAAGGAUCUACAGGAAUCAAUGGGAGCGAGACUCCUCGAUGUCUACAGUCCUGGGGUAAUAAGAGCGAGCACAGACUCCUCGAUGUCUACAGUCCUGGGGUAAUAGGAACGAGCACAGACUCAUUGAUGUCUACAGUCCUGGGGUAAUAGGAGCGAGCACAGACUCCUCGAUGUCUACAGUCCUGGGGUAAUAGGAGCGAGCACAGACUCCUCGAUGUCUACAGUCCUGGGGUAAUAGGAGCGAGCACAGACUCAUUGAUGUCUACAGUCCUGGGGUAAUAGGAACGAGCACAGACUCCUCGAUGUCUACAGUCCUGGGGUAAUAGGAACGAGCACAGACUCAUUGAUGUCUACAGUCCUGGGGUAAUAAGAACGAGCACAGACUCCUUGAUGUCUACAGUCCUGGGGUAAUAGGAGCGAGCACAGACUCCUCGAUCUCUACAGUCCUGGGGUAAUAGGAGCGAGCACAGACUCCUCGAUGUCUACAGUCCUGGGGUAAUAGGAGCGAGCACAGACUCCUCGAUGUCUACAGUCCUGGGGUAAUAGGAGCGAGCACAGACUCCUCGAUCUCUACAGUCCUGGGGUAAUAGGAACGAGCACAGACUCAUUGAUGUCUACAGUCCUGGGGUAAUAGGAACGAGCACAGACUCAUUGAUGUCUACAGUCCUGGGGUAAUAGGAACGAGCACAGACUCCUCGAUGUCUACAGUCCUGGGGUAAUAGGAGCGAGCACAGACUCCUCGAUGUCUA